AGCAGAGAAGAAGAAGAAGAGUGAAAGCCAGUCAGUUGACCAGUCCACCAUUCUGACAGCUGUUUGACACUUUAAUAAUCAUCUCCAUCAUGAGCAGUGAACAGGCUAAGAAGAUCAAACUCAACGAUGGCAACUUUAUGCCACUGCUGGGUCUGGGAACAUUCAAUUUAAAGGUUGCAAGUUCAAACCGGAGUCAAGAAAUAAUUGAGGAAGCAAUAGAUGCUGGCUACCGUCACUUGGACACAGCUGUCACCUAUCAGACUGAGGUGGACUUGGGCAAAGCCGUCCGUUUCAAGAUACAGCAGGGCAUCAUUCAGCGCCAGGACCUGUUCAUUGUGAACAAGCUGUGGUGCAAAUAUUUUGCCCCUGAGGACAUCCCUGUGUGUCUGGAUAAAUCUCUGUGUGACCUGCAACUGGAUUACUUGGACUUGUACCUGGUGCACUUCCCUGUGGGACUGCAGAAAGUCAGCGAAGAACUCUUUCCAAUGAAGGAUGGAAAAACUCUCACAACAGACUUUGACUAUGUGGAUGUGUGGAAGGGGAUGGAAGCUUUGAAGGCUACUGGAAAAGUGAAGAGUAUUGGAGUGUCCAACUUCUCUGUCUCACAACUUGAGAGGCUGCUGUCUGUGGCUAAAGUGCCUCCAGUUGUCAAUCAGGUAGAGCUUCAUCCUUACCUGGUGCAGACUGAUCUGAUUAAAUAUUGUAAGUCGAAGAAUAUUGCUCUCACAGCCUACUGUCCCUUUGGCUCACCAGACAAACCCAAAGAGAUGCAUAGAGGAGAAACAGAUCCUGAAAAGCUGCUGGAGGAUCCUGUGGUUGGGACGAUUGCUGUAAAACACAAACGGACUCCUGCACAGGUUUUGCUGAGGUAUCACAUUGAACAGGACAUUGCAGUGAUUCCAAAGUGUGUUAAUUCCAUCCAGAUUCUGGAAAACAAAAAGGUCUUUGACUUCUCUCUGGAUGAAGAGGAUAUGACAACACUCAGGUCUCUGAAUCGUGGCUGGAGAGCUGCUCCCUUUAAUGAGAUGAAGUCUCAUCCUUUCUACCCUUUUAAGUGAAAUGUAGUAAAUGGCUGAGAUUCAGGACAGCUGUCUCCAUUGUGAAUGAGUCUACAGUGUUGCUGUUUCAAUCAGAUAAGUUUUAUGGAUAAAUCGGCAGAAUUAAAAUUUGUAUACAAUAUUAAUGCACAAAAUGAAUGCUCAGGCUAAACAGGGCUUGCAAUUUAUUCUUCAUAAUCUUGAAGAAUUCUGAGUAAAUACAAUCUUUUUAUAACAACAA